AUGGAGUCAGUGCGAACGUUCUCUACGACAGUUCAUGAGUUCUGGCGAAGCGUGGUCGAAUGGCGGAGCCCCGCCUCUGGACCUUACCUAAUGCUCGUCAAUGUAGCAUUUUGGGCAGCCGCUCUGUACUGUUCUGAGCUUAUGCAACUUCGGAUCUUGUUGUCACUGGCAGCAGGAGUGAUCGGUUGGGAUGUCCUACUUUCACCUACACACGAGCGAAGCAUAGCCACUCAUGUGGCUUUGUGGCCAGUACAGUCCAUAUGGAGGACGUUGUCGGUGUGCGGUUGUUUGUACAGUUCUCACCAGUUGAAAAUGCAAGAAUUAGAAACGGCUUGCAUAGCUGCCUACGCUACAGUUGGCUGUCUUCUUGUUAAUCCUGUGUGGGACUACUAUGAGGUUAAUCAGAAAAUUGUGUACGGCUCGAAAUUCUGUGGACGCAAGAUGGCGGAUGCGGCAACGGUGGUGAUUGUGCGUCCACUGCUGUCGGUCUAUCGAGCUGUGAAAUAUGUGGUGCUGCUACAGUUUAUACCGCGUGAGUCCUAG